UCUACGGAGCGGAGUUCGCAGUGUCCGUGCCUUUUCAGUGCGGGUUCUGCAGUCGAAACCGUGUGACACUUUGCGUCCGGCGGCCACCACAGCGGGCAACCCCAAGGCAGCAGAGACAUCAACUGCAACAUCGGCCAUAUCUACGGCGACAGCAGCUGCGGCGGCUAUAACUGCCACGCCCCCUGCCACAGCCACCGCCCCCGCGGCAGCGGAAAUUGAGCAGCUGCAACAGGCGUUGAUCGAGAAGCAAACGCAGCUAUAUGCCCUGGAAACGGCCUGUUUGAGGGAAACAGAGCGACAGGUGGAGCUGGAGGAUAGUGUGAUAGCGUGGCAGGAUAAGUACGAUCGGCUGUACGAGUCGCACAAGCGGGUUCAAAAGGUCAACCAGAGUCUGGAGGACAAGAUGCUCAAGCUGGUGGAUCGCAAUGCCGGCGAAAGGGCCCAGUUGACCAGCGAUGUGGCCACUUUGAGUGUGCGACUCGCCCAGGCAAACUUCAACAUCGCCAAGCUGCAGAGGGAAAUCGAACGCUACAAGGCCGACAUUAGCCUGGCCAUACAAUUGCUGCAGUGCAAGCCGGAUAGUUUCGUGUCCCAAAAAGUGUCAUCGCUACCAAUUGAUAUUCAAUCGAAGGUGUCGGCGUACAUGAGACUGGAGACGAACUCCCAUUCCGAUUCCGAGUGCAGCAAUAGCGGAGUGGGCGUGGCCACCACAGCUUCCUAUAAAGUGCUUCCGGCCUCCGAUUCGCCGCCCCCCUCCGCCUGCCCCUUCCCGCCCACGGCCAUGGUCUAUUCGAUGAGGGGAAUCGGUAGGUAUGCCGCCAAUGGGAACACGACCACAAAUCCCCAACAGCAGUCGAGUCAACCCACGAAUAACAACACAAGCAACAACAAGGACGCUCUCAACAACAACAAUGUUAAUAACAACAGCAAUAACAAUUGCAACAAUCAAACUAAUACGAACAUUAGCAAUAAUAAUCAAGCCAGCAAUCCCGACAUGAUAUCGCCCACAAUAAUGGCAAAGUUUUUGGAGGACGAGCUGAAGGCGAAUGAGGUGAAACACUGCGACACGUGUCAGUGCAGCAAACAGGAUCUGCAGGUCCUGGCGGAUGUGUCCCGUUCCUAUUCGGUGGCCACCCAAACGCCCCAUCAGUUGCAGCUCCAGGGAUCCGGAUUGAAUGAACCACUGACAACCCAACUUUGCCUGAGAUGCCACAGCAAUCUUAACUCCCCGUCGCGCACCAACAGUCCAUAUCUGAUGAAGAUGGUCAAGUCCAGUGACUCCGUAAUAUCAGAGACCAAGAGUUCCGUUUCGGAUCUGAACGACAUGGACAAGCUGUUUAUACCGGCCAAGAAGGAUGACCUGAUGGUGAAUCCCAUACUGGGACAUCAUCGACUCUGCGAAAGAACUGCGAUUGCGGGACAGAAUGCGGAGUUUGGCAAUGGAAAGCUGACCACCUCCACGAUGAUGUAUCCCACCACACAUCUGGGUGCCUAUGCAGCGGAGAAGUAUCUGCUGGAGACGAGCAAUCUUGGCCAGCUGCGGAAUGGGUAUCAGAGGCGGUUUCUGGACGGCGGUGGAACUGCCCUGCAACUCCUAAGCAAAUAUGAAGCAGGUGCCGUGGGAGUAGUCCAUGGCGAUCUGGAGGAUGAGUCCAGUAAGCCGCUGCUGUCGGGUGUCUCGCAACCCAGUCUGCUGGAAGCGGAGCAAGCUGCUCCUCAGCAAUCGGUGGUUCCUGCCAAGCUGGAAGAUGUGUGCGAGCCACAGCCUACUAAGCCAGUUGCUCCAUCGGCUCCUCCAGGAAGCACUGCGUCUGCUGUCCCACCAUCGGGCACGCAGUUGAAGUCCACCAACUCCGGAAGCGUCCAGAGCCUGUGGAGCAACAAAACCAGCAGUUGCGAGGGCGCCAAAAUGUUCGAGACUUUCAACAGGAAUCUCAUCAAAACGAUCAAGGCGGAGAAUCCCAAGAACCGAGGUCCUCGUCUGUGCGCCAUGCGAAUUCAGCAGAAUGGCCAGAGCAACAUCCUGCUGGACAACCUGGAGUCCAUCGAGACCUACACCCCAGUGAUCUACAAGCGGCGAGAGAAGCUGCUGGACGAGGAGCUCAACGACGGCAAGGACAUCAUCACCAGCAAGGAGAGCAACGCCCAGUCGGUGGUGGAAGCCUGGCAAGGACCUGCAGCUCCACACGAGAAUGUCGCCCUGCAGCCGGUGCUCGAACCCCAGGUGGAAACUGCAGAGCUGGAGCAAGUGGAGAGCAAGCCCGGAGAACAGACCACCAAUCCCGGUGUGAACUCACCCAAGCACUCGGCUAACUCCAGUUCCAUUAGCGAUGCCAUCGACUACCAGGAAAGUGUCCUUCUCAGGCGCCAGCAGCUCAGCAGAGUGGCGGAAUGGGUUCAGCAUAAUACGCAGCAGCUGGAGCAGAGGAACCUGCAGCAGGCUCCGCCCACCAGUGACUCCAACUCCGGAACCGAAAGACAAUCCUCGUACUCCACGCUCGACCGCAUGGACUCCAUAUCCAUAGAGAAACUCUCGAUGGAUUCCGGCUACAAGACCACACCGCAACAACUGACCAACGGUUAUCCGGAAAAGUCUACGGAGGAUUCCCUCUCGCCCAAGACCGAUAUCACCAGCAAUUCCUUGCCGGAAAAUCCAACGACCACCGUUGUGCCGCCCAAGAAAACGGAGUUGUGCACCACGUACUACCGGAGAACCACAAGAUCGGGACUUCCAGUGGCAUAUACCACGGUUGCCGGUGCCCCAGCCGACUCGAGUCCGCCCGGUGAGUCCACAUCCUCCGGUUCCGAGGCACUCAUCUGCCCCGAACAGCCCACGUGUGAUAUACUCAACUACAAGUACUAUCCCAAUGACACGGACAAAACGCGAUCCGUGCAAGCGGAGCUGCACACGACCACCCAGAACGUGGACAUUGCCCAGAUGGAGUACAAUGUGAAGCAGUUCCUGCUGAAGCAAAACGAGUGGUCCAUGAAUGGCGGAGCAGCUGGUGCCAGUCCCGGUGCGGUGCUACAAGGAUCUGGAGCAGCUGCUCGCAUGCUGCAGCGCAGGAUUUUGGGUCCUGGCGUGGGCGAGCGGGUGAGGAUGGCCACGCCCGGUGGAGCUGUGGCCGCCAAAACCACCAAGACCACCACCAGCCAGUCAUCCAACAUCCUGACGCCCCACAGAACUGAAACGAAUUUAUAAGCAAACGGGGUCGAUGAAUGCGCCACACAUCCAAUGAGCAAACCAAAUUGUAUUCUAGCCUAGAUUUGCUACUUUAAGUUCGUGUACUCCACGGUCUAUAUAGAUACGAUAUAGCCAUGCUUAAGUUGGGUGAGGGGUUCGCAGAUGCAAAACACACAGAACGUGCUAAUAGCAAUGAAAUACUAUACAUAUGUACGAUAAAUGUAAUACUUAAACCACAAUCUACAAUCUAA